ACAGGAACCACCGUACUCCGCGAAACACUAAAUACAAGCCCGGAAACAAAGCUUUUGGUAGCUUCCACGUUGUUCUUUACUUUAUAGGACUCUCUUCCGUCUCAGCUCUUUGAACACCUGUAUAACAACACACAGUCAUCGAGACAGACUGAGGAGCUACUUCUUGUAAUAGAGUACAGAGACAAAGAAAUUAAACAACAUUGUUUUUGUUUUUCUCACAGAGAUGGGAUCUGGGACUGGAAGCUUCUUCAAGGUUCUUCUUAAGAACUUCGACGUUCUUUCUGGGCCUGUGGUUAGUCUUGUUUAUCCUCUGUAUGCAUCAAUUAGGGCAAUUGAGACUAAAUCUCACGUUGAUGAUAAGCAAUGGCUUACUUACUGGAUUCUUUACUCAAUGAUCACACUCUUCGAGCUUACCUUUGCCAAAGUCAUUGAGUGGAUACCAAUCUGGCCAUAUGCGAGGCUCAUUUUGACCUGCUGGUUGGUCAUUCCAUACUUCAGUGGUGCUGCAUAUGUUUAUGAGAAUUUUGUGAGACCUUUCUUUGCCAACCCACAGCAAACCCUUAAUAUAUGGUAUGUCCCAAGAAAGAAGGAUGUCUUCAGCAAACCAGAUGACGUUCUAACUGCUGCUGAGAAAUACAUCGAAGAGAAUGGAACUUCUGCUUUUGAGAAGCUCAUUACCAAGGGUAAAUCCAAGAGGCGUAGCUUAUUCGAUGAUGAGGAUGACCGAUACUGAUAGCUGUUAGCUGGUCCUGCUACCUUGUUCCUUGUCGGGGAAGACUAGUUCCUUUCAGUUAUUUCCAGUUGCUACUUACUAGAGUUCUUUGUUGUCAAUGAACCUGGAGUUUUUGUGUGAGUCUAAUGUGGUGGUUGGUUCUUUCAAUAGAUACAGGAUGUUGUGUAAUGAUAUGCUAUGUAAGUAUCAUGAGUGCUUGCCUUAUUAUCAUCCGUUUAAUUA